UUGUAAUAAUUAAUAAAUAAUAAUAUAAGGAGAAUUAUGUAAUUAGCAGUUGAGUUGAGAAUGGCAUUAUCGAUAUUUCCCCAAACUAGAGAACUUAAUAUGUAACAAAAAUGUGAUAUAAAGAGAAAGACCCACCACGCUGCUCCUUCAUAUUUAUUUCUCUCCCCUUCUCUCUCUCUCUCACUAUAAAUAUAUCUUCUUUUUCUUUCUCCAUUUCGUCCAUUUCUCUUUCUGUUUUUGUUCUCCGCCAAUCUCAGGCGGCUCCGCCUUUCCCUCACUGACGAGAUCCGCCGCAUCAGUCAUCGCGAUCCGAUUAAUUUCACCACUUGACUUAGACCUAAUCUCACCCCACCAUUCAAAUACAUUCUUAUCUUUCAAUUAAAAUACUAAUUCUUUUUUUUUGUUCAUUUUCGAAAGGUCUAUCUUUAAUGUUACGAUUUUGCCCCUGUUCGUUGUGGGACUAGUCUAGACAGAGGCAGGCGAUAUUUUGUUACUGUGCAUGAAUUCUCUGAUUUAACCCUCUUGAGUGAAAAUGAGAAAAGUGAUUUGACGCUUUUACCCUCCUCGAGUGCCACAACGACAACACACCAAAUUCGUUUAUUCGUUUCUGACGUGGCAUGGCAUGAUUUGAGGGCCACAGGAUGAAUUAUAACUCUCGUUGGAUGUUGACACCUGGACCCUCAAGAAAGAGAAAAGACAGAGAAGCUUUCUAUUCGUGUAAACCGUCGUCAACUCAUUCGGCUUCGGCUCAGGCUCAAGCUCAAGCUCAAGCCGCAGGUAAGAGGCAGCAUCCAGUUUCAAAGCCGGAGGAGCCAGCCUCAUCGAACGGGCUCUUAGCCGGGUACAUGGCUUACGAGUUUCUGAGUAAGGGGACGUUGUUCGGGCAGAAGUUCGAUCCGGGUCGAGCACAGGCGGUUGCUGUGGGAGGCGGCGGAGGGGAGUGGAAGAGUGAGAAGGAGCACGAGAGUUACGGUGAGGUGGCGUGCAUUUUGAAGAGUGAUGGGGCCCACAUUCCGGAUGUUGUGAACCCGACGCAACUGGCUCGGUGGAUUCAGAUGUGAAGGGACGUAGGGAAACAAUUUAGACGUGGCGUCCUCUUAUUGGUUCAUCCCUUUUAUUUUUUGUUAUUUGUUAAAAAAAGAAAUAGUCCAGGUAGAUCCUCUGUGGAGCAUUGGUGACUGAGUUUGGAGUUGGACUCUCCUUUCCUUAUUAAACAAAAAACAAAAAAUUGAUGAUGAUGAUGAUGAUGAUGAGAAUAAUGAUAUAUAAUCAAAUAUUUCUGAUCUGUAUGUUUUUUUAAUUAGUAUGUUUUGUUAGAGUGGUGGAAUUAAACUAAUUAUAGGAUUAGAGAAUUGGCUCAGGCUGACUUGACUUGACUAUGCGCGUUGGUUAAUUAUUUUUUGUUAUUUUUAUGAAGAAUGAUUUAUGCUUAAUUAUGUUAAUUGUGAAUGUUUUUCAGUUAUUAAGAUAUAACUUAACCCAAAU